AGGGCUUGUUCCGCACUAACAAAUAGAAGCGCCCGUCUCCAUAGCAACUAUACACUUGCUGUGUCUAUAGAGAAUACUGCAUAGAGUUCCUCCCAACUUUUCCGGAGUAGGCCCUAAAAGUGGAAAUGCCAGUUGUUAAGAUACCCGUGGUGCAGAAAUUUGGAAUCAUUUCAACAAAAUAUCACCAUGAUCUCCAGCAAAGUCUCCUGCAAAGUUCUACAGUUUCUGAGCACAAACACAGGCCUCACAGACCUUUGGAAAUCACAGAGGAUUUCAUCAAACAGUUUAACAGUGCAGAGGAUUUAGAGGAGAAGGAACGCAUGCUAGAUACCGCAAGACAAAUUCUUCAUAGAUGCAAGAGACGAUCAAAACUUAACUUGAAGGGUUCUGGGAAUCAUGUGGAUCUGCAUUUUGCAUGGACAGAAUUGAUUUUGCUGACCCAGUGCAAAGGCAAUAUACAAGAAGAGGUUAUUGAUAUCUUGCUUAUUUCGAUGGACCAGGUGAAUUUUGAUCAAGAAAACAUCUCUCUGUUGUUCUUCAUGGCAGAGUCCAUUCUUUAUAAACUUUGUUGUGAUGUUACCCAGAAGCCAUGUCUAUGCUCAUUUGAUGUUAAGCUUUCGAAGCUUGGAUUUCUGACAUUUUUAAGACUUCAUGUUUUUAAUCUUCUUGGACAACUUCAACCUUAUGAUGAGCAGAAAGAGCACCUUUCAACAUACCUAGAAGCACUUCAGUCCUGCAGAUCUGUAUAUGAGCCAUUCCCAUAUGUUCUAUCAUCAGUACACGCAAUGUUAAAGGUUUGCACAAUGAUAUGUUCUCCUGACAUUCCUUUGGAAAGCCACUCAUCAUUGCAGAUUAAUACUGAUUUUAAACUGGCAGUUACAAAACCUGGAGGAGCUGAAAUGAAUUCAUUUGUCUGGAACUGUCUUGAGAUUUGGCUACAUGUUCAGAUAAACAGCAUUCAUUUGCAAAAAUCUCUUCAUCAUUUGUGUCAGCUUAAUGGAGGCCUUCAUCAGGAAAACUGGUUGGAUUCACUUUUAAGUUUAUUUAUCUUGGGAGAAGCUGCAAAAUUAGACAUUUCCUGUUUAAAGGCUCUAAUGGAACUUGCUCAUAAUUACAUCACCUCUCCUCUCCACCUUCCAGUACAGAAUUCAGAGCUUCCCUUCAGUCCUUUUACAUCAUGGCCAUGGGAGGUUAUAUAUGCUUACAUUAUGGUGCUUUCUGACAUCUGCCUGCAUGGCACUACUGCUGAGAUCCAAAAACAUGCUUUCACUGGUUUUCUUGAUAAAAAUGGUACAGCCAUAAGCACCCAUGAGGCAGGUUUGCAUGGGCUGUUAUUCUUUACGCAUCCUCAAGCAUCUGAAGCUUGUAACAAAAUGGAUUGGAUCAUUCAUUAUGGGACAGUCUAUAAUUUGGUUAAAGUCUGCAAUGCACUCCAGAUGGAUGUGAACAGGAGUGGUUUGAGAAAUGCAAUAUGGAAAGCACUGAACAGAUGCAGUGAAAAAGAUAAGCAAAUUAUAGAUGCUGUAAAGGUAGCUGAGGCUGAAUUAAAUGGUCCGGCAAAUACCUUCAUUAAUGCAAGUUCUAAAACAUCAUUAACUCCUGUGAGCUUAGGCUCCUGUCAGUAUGUGGGAUUGAGGAUUGCAAGUGCCCUUUCGCAGCAUUUCCUACCCCCUGUUGUGCCCUACAUUCCACUUCCGAAGAAACAAGUCUACAGUCAGCGGCAAAUUAAGCUUUCAAAGCUAAAGGAAGGCAAGACUGAGAAAUUAGUUUCACAUCCCUCUUUAAGGGAGCAGUAUUUCAGUACAGAGCCUUAUACAGCAAGACCAGAUUUUCUAACCAGAACAAAUACGGAUUUGCAAAGAGUUAUGGAUGAACAGUGGGCAAAAGAAAUAGAGUAUAGAAUGGAAGAGGAUAAAGAAGAGCUGCAGAGGAAACAACAGGAAGGUCAAAAAAAGCAAGAGGAGCAUUUCAAAGAAAUAAUGAAAAGAAGGGAGCAAAAAUUAAAGAAAACCACUAAACCAUAUGAGCUUCCACUGACUAGCAGUACACAAUAAAUUCAUUUUUAGCAGUGUGUGUAUAAAUGGGUGUAACAUAUUCUGUAUGUUUGGUGAUGCUGUAUUUAAAACAACAACCGUAUCAUUAUAGUGAAACAAUAUAUAUAUUCAGGUAUAUAUUCUAUCAUA